AUGGUCAACGGAGCUCGGCGCCUUGUGCUUGCAGCAGUUCUGGUGCAGGCAGCAUUGAUAUUGGUGGACAUUUGCGCCUUCACUCUCCCUGCCAGCAGACUCAGUAGACGCCCUGCUCGCAGCCGCAUCUGCUGUAGAGCCCUGGAGGACUACUGGAAGGUUCUCGGCGUUCCAGCUGGGACGGAAAUCAAGGAAGUCAAGAGAGUUUACCGCCGGCGCGCCAAAGAAGAGCACCCGGACGUAAACAAGAGCCCCGGCGCGCUGCAGCGUUGGCGGAAGCUCUCGGAGGCUUACGGAAAGCUGAUCGACCCGGAGUACCGACGCCAAUGGAGCGCAGAGGAGGCAAGGCGUACGACAGCGGCACGUGAGGAAGCUCGGAGAAGCUCUUCCAGCCCAGGAGCUUCUUCACGAAGGCCAAGCGAUGCCCGUGGACCGUCAACUGCAGGUUUCCAAGGUUUCCCAAAGACAACGGAGACCAAGAAAUGGGCAGCGGCUGGCUGGGAUGCAUUUCAGGACAUUCUGCGGCGUGCAGACUCACUACGGCAGCCUCGAGCCGGAGGAAGAGACGGCGCUGCCGUCCGUGAGUUCCAAGCUUCACAGGCGGAUCUCUCAAAAGCGCAGCAAAAGCUCAAGCAGCUCAGCUCGGAUGAAGCAUACUAUCUGAACCUCACAGAGUCACACCGACGCAGCGGCCAGAAGAAGGAAGAGCUGCGAAGUGGUCUCAGGACCCUGGAGAUUCGCGAGGAGUUGAAGAAAGUCCGUUCGCGAAUUCGCACCCUGUCAGAACAGGCAGACUACUGGCGCAGUGUAGCCGAUGCUUGA